UUCAAACAGCACUGACGUGAUCUUUCCCCCCUCCAUAAAUCUCCUCUCCCUCCUCAUCACUAAAACCAACCAAACCAAACAUGCCCUCCAUCAAUGCCUUCUCCCUCCUCCUCCCUCUCUCCAUCUCCGCCGCUCUCUUCUUCCCUCCCGCUCUCUCCACCUCUCCACCCACCCACCAACUCCUCGACGUCUCUGCCGCCAUCCGAAACACUCUCCACGCGCUCUCUCCCGCUUCCCACCACCACAAGCGCCCCGUGAAAGCUUCAAACUCAUCAUCGUUUUCCCUCUCCAUUCACCCGCGUGGGUCUCUGGCGAGGCAGCCGCAUCGGGACUAUGGAGCUCUCAUGGCGGCCCGGAUCGCCCGCGACUCUGCCCGGGCUGCGGCCCUCGAUUCGAAGCUCCGGAUCGCUGUCUCCGGAUUGAGCCGGGCGGAUCUCAGGCCUGUCGAGACGGCGGUGCAGCCGGAGGAUUUGGAAAGCCCGGUGACGUCCGGGGUCAGUCAGGGGAGCGGGGAGUAUUUCGCCCGGAUGGGCGUGGGCCAGCCCGUGAAGGAAUUCUACAUGGUCAUCGAUACGGGCAGCGACGUGACUUGGCUGCAGUGCGACCCUUGCACCGAUUGCUAUUCUCAGACCGACCCUCUCUUCAACCCGGCCCAGUCCACGUCAUACCGGCGCGUCUCCUGUCAGUCGCCUCAAUGCUCCGCGCUUGAAGUCUCCGCUUGCAAAACCGACUCCUGCCUUUACCAGGUUUCCUACGGGGACGGGUCGUUCACCGUAGGCGACUUCGCGACUGAAACGGUGUCCUUCGGGAAGUCCGACACCGUCCCCGAAGUCGCCAUCGGUUGCGGCCAUGACAACGAGGGGCUGUUCGUGGGCGCGGCGGGGCUGAUGGCUCUCGGCGGCGGCUCAAUGUCGUUACCCUCGCAAAUUAAAGCGUCGUCUUUCUCCUACUGCCUCGUGGACCGCGAUUCCGGCUCCUCCUCUACUCUCGAGUUCAAUUCGGCCCGUCCCGGUGACUCGGUCACGGCGCCGAUGCUCCGGAAUUCUAAAAUUGACACCUUCUUCUACGUUGGGCUCACCGGGAUCAGCGUCGGCGGCGACAAGCUCUCCAUUCCGCCGUCUGUUUUCCAAAUCGACAGUAGCGGGAACGGCGGCAUCAUCGUGGACUCUGGCACCGCCGUCACCCGGCUGCAGUCUGUGGCGUACGAGGCCCUCCGCGCCUCGUUUAAGCAGCACACCCAGAACCUGCCGUCCGCCGCAGAAUUCGCCAUCUUCGACACCUGCUACGACUUGUCGGCAACCACCAAAGUUACCGUUCCUACUAUCGCGCUGUAUUUCUCCGGCGAGAGCCCGCUGAUGUUGCAUCCGAAGAACUACCUGAUUCCGGUGGAUUCGAAGGGAAAGUUCUGCUUGGCGUUCGCUCCGACGUCCGGCUCACUGUCUAUCAUAGGUAACAUCCAGCAGCAGGGGACACGUGUCAGUUAUGACCUGUCCAACAAACAGGUCGGGUUCAGUCCCGAUAAAUGUUAGAAUUAAUUGGGGCGGUGUGGCUGAUGGAGUCUGCACUCCGUAUUCAUUUUAUGAAUUAAGAAAAAAAAUAGUGCAUUUGGGAUUAGUUAACCGGCAAGAAAAAGAAAAUAAAGAUAGUUGUGGCUCAAGAAAAAAGUUGGGAAAAUGUAUAUGAAUGUUUAAUUAGUUUUUGCACCCAGCCUCUCUCAAUUUAUUUAAUACCAAGUGUAAUGUAAUGUAAUUAUAUUUUAAAUAUUUGCAAGCUGAUAAAUGAAGUAACGUAGUGAACAAAUCAAAUACUCAUGUGAAUGUUCCCAAACACAUUUCUUGUUUUAUACGGAGUACUCGUAAUAAAGAAUGAAUCAAUAUGUGAUUGAUGCAUCCUUGUUUGUAGUUUUUAAGACAAUUGUUCAUAUAUGACAAUCAAACUUAUUCCGUUUCAUAUCGGGAUGGUGACUGGUGAUGUACAACCAAAAU